AUGAGACGGGACUAUGCUGAUGCAUCUGCAAAUGCUUCCAGACAUGUGAUGCUCGCCUUACUCACCAACAUCCGUGUCCAAGGUCAGGAACUGGAAGACAUUGCCAUGGUCGGGUUUCAAGAUGGGAAUAUGCUCAUGCCAAUGCUAGAUGCCAAGUUGUUGGUCAUCACUGUUGCAGAGAAAAAGGCGGAGGAAGCCCAUGUGCAGUGUCGCAAGUUCCAUGCUCCAACAGACAAGCGUGAAGAAGGUUUCAAGAUCUGCUCGACAACUGCUACUUUGACACAUCAAACACUGUUAGUUGACAGUUAA